UAACAUAAACUUAUGAUUGCUGGGGUUGGCUUUGAAGACCAUUAGGGAAAUUGUCUCUUCGCGACACUUUUCUGAGUCUUGUCCGUCAUGAUGCAUCGUUCGCUUUUGUUCCUGGCCGUGGCUGCAUCUCUGAUCCAGAUUUAUGGAUCAUUACAAGUUCAGAUGCCAGAAGCUGAGGCACUACAAACACAGAUGGAACCACUAACGGAGGAAAAUGACUUGAAUGCACAAGUGAAAGAGCUCCAAAAGAAUGUGAGUGAGUUAUGGACUUACAUAUACACACUUAGAAAUUCCGUUUCGAGUCACCUCAUGCACCUGCGCCAGCACCAGGAGGAGUUAGAAAUCACUGUUCAUAGGUUGGAACACCAUCACGACGGUCAUGGGGGAUCGCAUGGAGAAUACAGCUCUCGCGAUGUUCACCACCACAGUGGAGAUCAGCAUUCCCAUAGCGGAGAGCACCAUUCCCACAGCGGUGAGCAUCACAGUCAUAGUGGGGAACAUCACUCCCACAGUGGAGAACAUCACUCCCACAGUGGAGAACAUCACUCGCACAGUGGAGAACACCACUCGCACAGUGGAGAGCAGCAUUCCCAUAGCGGCGAACAACAUUCUCAUAGCGGUGAACAGCAUUCCCACAGCGGCGAGCAUCACCACCAUGAAUCCCAUUCCCACACCACGACUGCCAAUGCUCCAGCUGCUCAUACGCACGACGAUGACCAUCACCAGCAUCAACACAAAGAUUCCCACGAGAAUGAUGACAUCCAACAGCUGACUCAGCAAGUAUCAGAGCCGGUAAUCGAACCUGUGGUGGUGGCAACACAGCACCAGUCACAUUACAACCGCCAAAGUCAUAGUCAUUCCAGAAGCGGAAGUACUACUAGAGACCCCUUACAGCUGAUGAAUGAAAGUAGCUUCCAUCAUCAUCAUCAUGAUCACCAUCGCAAUGAGCCGUCUACUAGGAACCAAAUAGCUUUUCUACCCAAAUACUCAGAAUACAACUUGUAUGAUUUCGCCAUUUGCGACGUACAACCGAACAGAGCCAUAGCCGAAGAACUGCAGCAAGAAAUCGUCGGUCAAGUUGCAUUGUGGGAGAAGAAAAGAGGAGGACGACAGCUGAGCAUUCACGUUCGUCUCCAAGGCUUUAAUGUUGGAGAUCAUCAUGCGGGACAUCAUGGAUCCCAACAAGAACUGCAACAAGAAGAAGAUAACGAGACUCCAACUCAAGAAGUAGGUCACAAGCAUGGUUUCCACAUCCACGCCUCGGGAGAUCUUUCUAAUGGUUGCCAGUCAGCUGGACCCCAUUUCAACCCUAAAAAUGUCACCCAUGGUGGAAUUGAUGUCAUAGUGAGGUAAGCUCCUGAUGGAACUU